AUGUGGGGGACAGCAGUGGUCAGUAAAUCACGUUCUGCUCCCUCCUCUCCCUCCCCCCCAGCUGCACCUGGUUCCGGGUCAUCUGUGCGCAAAUUCACUCCGCCAACUCCAAAAGCCCACCUGCGGCGGCCGAAUCACACGCACACCUCGGUGAGUCAACAAUGCCGGCGCCGAGAUUGGUUCAGGAGAAAGAGAGACGAGCAUAGACGGCGACUUCACGGUGUCGGCUUACGCUGGUUGCGCUAA